AUGGAGAAAGAACAACAAAUGGGUUAUUUAAGGGACAGGACUGCCCAAUAUAAGACAUAUCGUUCUGGUACAGCUAAAUCACGUGGUUCAUAUAAAAGCCAACUUGAAGACGAGUUAAAUCCAACAUUAGCUCCAGAAUUCGGAACUUCAUCGAACGUUGUUGAAAAAUCAAAUAUGGUUGAAACCAAAUUCAAUAUGAUUCAAAUGGAAAUUCAAAAUCUUGCAGAUAUGCACAAACAACGUAAGAGAAUCGAUUUUGGAAAUGAUAGAAAGCUUGAUCUUGAAAUAGAAGCAAAAACCCAACAAAUAUCGACUCAAAUACAACAAUUACGUGAUGCUAUUCGUAUUACAGAUCCAAAUCUUUCAAAACAGAGUCGAACAAUUCAAAAUAACAUGCAAUACGGUUAUUCAGCUCGUUUAAGAGAUAUAACAAUUCAUUUCCGAGAUAUGCAAGCCGAUUACAUCAAAACAAUUAAGAAGCAGAAAGAAAGAGCUGCAAGAUUUGAAGAUGAUGAAAAUGAUGAUGGUGUACUUGAUGAUAUUGAUGAUGUGGCUUUUACAGACUCACAAAUUGCUCAAGUAAAGAGCAAUGAAAACAUGUUACGUCAAAGAAAUGAAGAAUUAACAAAUUUGAUCGGAAUGAUGAAUCAAUUGAACCAAUUAUUCGCUGAUCUUGGUACCGUGCUUGUUGAGCAGGGUACGAUGCUUGAUAGAAUUGAUGGAAAAGUUGAAGAAGCCGCUGAAGAGAUUAAGAAAGGAAAUAUUCAGUUGCAAAAGGCCGAUCAUCAUCAAUCAUCAAAGUGCUUCUAUUGGUAUAUGAUUAUUGUUAUUCUUUUGAUUAUUAUUUUUGGAGGAAUUAUUAUUGGAAAAAAGAUGAAGAAAUCUGGUGGUGGAUCUUCGCCAGCACCAACUCCUAAUGUUACUAAUAUAAUAAAACUGUAUGGAGAAAAAUCUUCACUAGCUUAG